AUGUUCCAGGACUCAAAACUAGGCUACUACAUCUACUCAACAUUGAACCUUAAAAGAGGCUGUACAUCAAUUCCAAAUGAUAUCCCAGAACAUCCAACUCAACCGGAAUCCACCUACUUGUCAAAACUUCAAACAACUUUGAAUACAAAAAUCUUCAACGGACAGCGACAUCCACAAUCCACGUAUCAGUCAUUUGUGAAUGAGUUUCUGAUUAAUACAACAAGAGUUCAGUUCUGUGAAAGAAAUGGAGAAACGUUGGGAAAAUCGGAAUUUCGUGACUAUUUAUUCAAGCGAUACGCAGAUGUGAAGGCAUAUACAGAUUUUGAAUUCACCACAACUCCAUUUUCGGACUAUCAAACAGAUGCAGUGAUUUCUGUGAUUGUGACAUGGACAAAUGGAAAUAUUAUGAAGGAUAAAUAUCGGUUUAGAGUUGAAGAGGCCAGGGAAAGAGGAGAUGAUCAAGGAUGGAAGGACUGGUGGUCUACUUAUGUUUUUGUCGUGUGUCCUAUUGAUCUAGUCCCCCAGCCUAACAAUGAAGAUAUAAUGAAGAAGUUAUGCCAACUUCUUUAUAUUUCAGAAAAAGUAAUCCAGACGCGACGAAAAAUAUUUAUCGAUCAAGUAUGUGGAUCAAUUCCAAUAAUGAUCACGAAUGGACCAUCUGAGCAGUCACGUGUCACAUUUCUCAGCCAUUUUAUGAAAAAAGAAGAACAAGGAUUUCAUGCACAAAUAUGCGAGUACAAUUAUAAACCGAUAUACAAAUUUUCGGAAUUUGACAAUUGGCUAGCCACAUGGUCUGGUGAAUAUGAUGAUGCUAAACUAUUGGAGAGCAAAGUGGAAUCAUAUGAGAAUUUUUCAUUUAUUUGCAAAGUGAAUUUGAUGAAAAACUAUGGAGUACAUGAUAAAGAAUGGAAGAAACGAGAAUUCAAGAUGAAAGCAUUUUACGAAGUGGAUCAAUGGUUGGUUAAGGAAACGAAAAUUGGAUGUGAUUACUUUUGA